AAUCCAAAGAAACGAACUUUAGUAUACCCUCACUUCUUCCGCCCUCUUCGGCAAUUGCUUACUGAAGCUUUACAGUCAGUUUCUCUCUCUAAAAACCUCUCUCUCUCUGUAGAUCUUCUGUCAUGGCUUCUUGUUUUGCUCCUGUAUCGAUUUCAGGUGGAUCUUAUCUCAGGCCAUGUGAGUUUUCAUCGGCGAAGUCCGUUACCUUUGGGAAAACACCAAGACUGAUAAUUCAGAGGAAAUCAAAUCAAGUGAAAACCAGCCAGAGAUUUUCAGUUUGUGCACAAUAUCAAGAUGGAAAUCGGGGAGGAGGUGGUGAUUUUGUUGCUGGAUUUCUUCUAGGAGGUGCAAUGUUUGGAACUCUAGCUUAUAUCUUUGCCCCACAGAUUAGAAGGUCCCUGCUAAACGAAGAUGAAUAUGGUUUUCGGAAGGCCAAAAGACCAAUAUAUUACGAUGAAGGCUUAGAGAAAACGAGGCAGACCUUGAAUGCAAAACUCAACCAACUUAAUUCUGCUAUCGACAAUGUUUCUUCACGUUUAAGAGGCAAAAAAUCAUCUCCCGUGGCAAUGGAAUCUGAUUCUGAAGUAGAGGAGGCUACGAUGUGAGAUUUUUUUUUUUUUUAAUCAUCAAGUUUCCUAGUUCUGAAGAUACCAGUUGUACUUGGUUAAUGACUUCCCAAUUAUUGAAAACAAAAAUGGGAUUUGUUGCAAUGUGUUCAUGAAAUUGUAAUUGAUUGGAGAUUUGCUGUAUCACUUACUAUUUUUGAAUUAGACAAUUUUCAAUGCAUCAUAUUAUUUCAGCAUGACUCAA